AUGGACAGCUGUCUGGCUCUCAUACUGCUGUCAUCCACAGUCACACUCAUCACAACUGACAGUGUGAGACUGGUGGAUGGUAGCAGUCGCUGUGCUGGGAGAGUGGAGGUUCUUCAUAGAGGACAGUGGGGAACAGUGUGUGAUGAUGCUGGAUAGAGAGAUGCUGCAGUGGUGUGUAGAGAGCUGGCUGUGGGGAGGGCUGUAGAUGUACUGGGUAAUGCUCAUUUUGGACCAGGAUCAGGACCAAUGUGGAUGGAUGAUGUGGACUGUAGUGGAUCAGAGUCUACACUGAAGAACUGUAGAUCAGCAAGAUGGGGUAAACAUAAUUGUAAUCAAACUAAAAAUGCUGGAGUCAUCUGCUCAGGAGUCAGACUAGUUGGUGGACCUCGCUGCUCUGGGAGAGUGGAGGUGCUUCAUGGGAAGACCUGGGCCACAGUGUGUGAUGCUGACUUUGACCAGCAGGAUGCAGAGGUUGUGUGUAGAGAGCUGGGCUGUGGGCCUCCUGUGGAGGUGCUGGGAGCAGCUGCUUUUGGCAGAGGGGAUGGCCAGGUGUGGCCAAAGGAGCUUCAGUGUAGAGGCAACGAAUCAGAUAUUUACUCAUGUCCAACAUCAUCUACUUUCCAACAUGACUACUCCCAUGACAAUGAUGUAGGACUAGUAUGCACUGACAGUGUGAGGCUAGUAAAUGGUAGCAGUCGCUGUGCUGGAAGAGUGGAGGCCUUUCAUGAGGGCCGAGUGCAGUUGUCUGGAGGGAGUGAGUGUGAGGGGCAGGUGGAGAUUUACUUCAGCCCGGGCUGGAGGAGAGUUCUCCUGGACUCCUGGAGUGUAUCUGAAGCCUCUGUGGUGUGCAGACAGCUGGGCUGUGGCUCUGUGCUGAACUUCUCCAGCUCCUUUCCAUCCAAUCCUGAAAAACACAGCCACAUGUGUGUGACGGGUUUAAAUUGUUCUGGGAGUGAAGCUCAUCUGGGGAACUGCAGCAGUGCAAACCUCCUCGACCUCUCCUGCAGCUCCAGGGAACAGCUGUCAAUCACCUGCUCUGCCCACAGCUCUAUCAGACUGGUUGGUUCUGGGGGAGACUGUGCAGGAAGGCUAGAGGUUUUCCUCAGUGGCUCAUGGGGGACAGUGUGUGAUGACUCAUGGGAUAUUGAGGAUGCCCAGGUGGUGUGCAGGCAGCUGCAGUGUGGAGUGGCCCUCAGUGCCCAUGUACCAGCAUGGUUUGGUCCUGGAACUGGGCCCAUAUGGCUGAAUGAGGUGCAGUGUGAGGGAAAUGAGACAUCCCUGUGGAACUGCAGGUAUCAGUCUGGAAGAAAGCACGAGUGCAGACACAAGGAGGAUGUAGGAGUCAUGUGUUCAGAGUUCAAAGAAUUCAGACUCACUAAGGGGUGUGAAGGGAAUCUGGAAGUGUUCUACAAUGGAACCUGGGGGAAUGUGUGUGUGAAUGGGAUGAAUGAAGAAACAGCAAGUUUGAUCUGUCAAGAGCUGAACUGUGGAAGAACAGGCAGUGAGUCUGGGGCCAGAGCAAGAGUGGAAUCAUCUCCUAACUGGCUGGAUCAGGUGAAAUGUAGGAAACAUGACUCCACUCUGUGGCACUGCCCAUCUGAUCCCUGGGGGCAGAACAACUGUAAUAAUGACAAGGAGGUGGCUCACAUUACCUGUUCAGAAGAGCAGAAACAUUUACAAAAGCAUGUGAAAUGCUCAUCAUUUCCCUAUCAAAGACAGUGCUCAGUUCACCUGCCUCUCAGGUUGAGUGGACCAGAGGGAAGCUGCUCUGGGAGGCUGGAGAGGGAGGAGCUAAGUCAUGAGGAAGAGGUGCAAAGAAACAUAUCUGUGGCCCCUGUUACUUCAAGCAAAAUAUCCACCAACUCCAUCUCAGUUGGUCAAUCAGAGAUGAUAACAACCAGUCGUCCACUAACUUCACCAGCAGCUGCUCUGUCCGCCCCUCCAGUGGUCCUGCUGGUACUGGGAGUGGUGCUCUUCCUGGCCUUAGUGCUUCUCUCUGGGCUGGUUUACCAGAACAGAGUACUCAGGAGAGUGCUCUCUAAGAUGAGGCAUAAAAAUAUGCCUGAGGUAAUCUAUGAGGAGAUCGACCACAGAGACAUCACUGAAAGAACUCCUAUCUCAACAGAAAGGGUAAGAGCACAAUCUGUCAGUGAAAAAAAGACUGAGUAUUAUGAUGAUGCUGUAACCAGUAGUGGUCUGACAAGUGACAUAGGCACAGAAAACACAACAGAGAAUUACGAUGACAUCAAACUUGGACAGGCACCUGAUACUGUAGCAAAGGAUAUGGUAGAGACCUAUGAUGAUGCCAGAACUCUUGGACCAAAAUCACAUGUUACACCAGCUCUCACUGCAGAGUACUAUGAUGAUGUCAUCUCCCCUGGGCAAGAUUCUUUAGGUGGUACAGAACAUAUCAACUCUGAAUUACAGCAUUCUGGUUAUGAAGAUGUUGCUGAAGAGCUUCUCUCAGUUCAUCUGAAGGUGCUAUAA